CGACUCAUCCCAGCUAGAAAUAGGUUAUCUUCACGUCCAGACGACUUCGUCCUUACACUGUACUGCAGUCAGUAGGACGGGAGAUGGCGUCCACCUCCAGCAGGAGUGAUCUGAUGGACGAGUACCACAGACUGGCGGCCGACACCCUCCUCGGUGCUGAGUCAAACAAGGUUGCCGUGGCAAUAUUGCAGGCUGCAGAGGGUGGUGAGUUAGAGAGACUGGUGAAGCUACUGACAGAACACAGGGACCUGGUGGAUGCUCGUCAUCCUGAUUCUGGGGACACCCCUCUCAUUAGUGCUGCCAGGAGUGGACACAAAGAUCCUUUCACGGGAACAUGGGCACAGGUAGUGGAUGUACUGCUGAGUUGUGGAGCAGAUGUAACUCUGGAGAACAACAGUGGAGACAGUGUGCUGGACGUGGAAGGAGACAGACUACGCAGACAUAUCCUCAAGUCUAUCAGUCACGAGGAUCGCUCCAUGAGCAAUGCCAAGGCUCUGCUGAGGUCUGCAUGGCUGGGGGAUUCCGUCAGGCUCAGCUUCUACCUCUCCAUCAUCAUUAUCCUCCAUCAAAAAUAUAGAAUGACUUACUUGUACCAUGGUGAAUGGCAGUGGAGACUCGGCACUGACAGUGGCCAACAGCCCCAGAAUGAAGAGAAUGAUAAAAGGGGCUAGAAACAAUCACUAGCCUCAGCACUGAAGUUCUGUCCUAGAAACAAAAUGGGCAAGUAU